CAGCGGCAGCAGCAACGCGCCGGGAUGUGUCGGGUCCCCCCCUCCUCCUCCCCGGGUCCCAGCCCUGCACCGUCUCGGUAUAAAAGCGCCGCCGCCUCCCCGCCCGCCCUCACUUGCCUGCUGCCCGCAGCCUGGCACUACUCGGCAGCUCCGCGCCGAGGAGGGAGGCACCGCUGGAGAUAAUCCUUUUCCCUCCCUGCCCCCCAUCCCGAGCAGCAGCAAGAGGAGGAGAGGGGCAGGCAGGAUGGCGACCGUGGAGGUGGAAGCGGAGCCGGACCCGUCUUGUAGCAUCCCCAACCCCACGUCCCCCUCGCCCAGCCUCUCGCAUCGCUUCCUCGACAGCAAAUUCUACCUGCUGGUGGUCAUCGGCGAGCUCGUGACCGAGGAGCACCUGAGGAGAGCCAUCGCCAACAUAGAGCGAGGAAUCCGAUCAUGGGACACAAAUCUGAUUGAAUGCAACUUAGACCAAGAACUGAAACUUUUUGUGUCUCGCCAUUCAGCUCGGUUUUCUCCUGAAGUUCGAGGUCAGAAAAUCCUUCACCACAGAAGUGAUGUCUUAGAAACAGUAGUCCUGAUUAACCCUUCAGAUGAAGCAGUUAGUACUGAGGUGCGCUUAAUGAUCACAGAUGCUGCAAGACACAAGCUUCUUGUACUAACUGGCCAGUGCUUUGAAAACACAGGAGAGCUCAUCCUCCAAUCAGGAUCUUUCUCGUUCCAGAACUUCAUUGAGAUCUUCACUGACCAAGAGAUUGGUGAAUUAUUGAGUACUACACACCCUGCCAACAAAGCCAGUUUAACUCUGUUUUGCCCUGAGGAAGGGGAUUGGAAAAAUUCAAACCUUGACAGACAUAACCUUCAAGACUUCAUCAACAUUAAACUCAACUCAGCAUCCAUAUUGCCUGAAAUGGAAGGACUUUCUGAAUUCACAGAGUAUCUGUCAGAAUCAGUAGAAGUGCCAUCACCCUUUGACAUUUUGGAACCGCCAACAUCUGGAGGUUUCUUGAAACUCUCAAAACCCUGCUGUUAUAUUUUCCCAGGUGGAAGAGGGGACUCUGCAUUGUUUGCAGUGAAUGGAUUCAAUAUGCUUAUUAAUGGGGGAUCUGAAAGAAAAUCUUGCUUCUGGAAACUUAUCCGACAUUUAGACAGAGUGGAUUCCAUUCUGCUCACCCACAUUGGGGAUGAUAAUCUACCAGGAAUCAAUAGCAUGCUUCAACGAAAGAUAGCUGAGUUAGAAGAGGAACAGUCACAAGGUUCGACUACCAACAGUGACUGGAUGAAAAAUCUGAUCUCACCUGAUUUAGGAGUUGUAUUCCUCAAUGUUCCUGAAAAUCUGAAAAACCCUGAUCCUAAUUUUAGGGUAAAAAGAAGCAUAGAAGAAGCUUGUUUCACUCUCCAGUAUUUAAAUAAGUUGUCUAUGAAACCAGAACCUCUCUUUAGGAACAUAGGAAAUAUCAUUGACCCUAUCAUACUAUUUCAAAAAAUGGGAGUAGGCAAACUUGAGAUGUAUGUGCUCAAUCCAGUCAAAAACAGCAAAGAGAUGCAGUAUUUUAUGCAGCAGUGGACAAGUACAAGUAAAGAUAAAGCCGAAUUAUUGCUGCCAAAUGGUCAGGAAGUAGAUAUUCCAGUAUCCUAUUUGACCUCAGUCUCAUCACUGAUUGUAUGGCAUCCAGCAAAUCCUGCAGAAAAAAUAAUCAGAGUUUUGUUUCCAGGAAACAGUACCCAGUAUAACAUACUAGAAGGUCUUGAAAAACUCAAACAUUUAGAUUUCCUUAAACAACCAAUGGUUACACAGAAAGACCUUACUGGUAACAUACCUAGCCCAGCAGUGAAACAAGCAAAGCUGAAACAGCGAGCAGACAGCAAGGAAAGUCUCAAACCUGCCACAAAGACACUAUCAACCAAGACUGUCAGAAAAGAAUCUAAAGAAGAAGCAUCUGAACCAGCAAAGCCUAGUCCUCCAGAAAAGCCUCAGAAAGUAGAAAGCAAAGAAAAGACUACAGUAAAAAAGGAAAAACCAGCAAAAGCAGAGACAAAACCUUCAGUAACAGAAAAAGAUAUGGCAGCUAAGGAGGAGCAGCUAGUGAAAUCCGAAACUGCUGAAAAACAAGCAGCAGAUGUCAAACCAAAAGUUGCAAAGGAGAAGCAUGUGAAAAAGGAAGUGAAAGUAAAAUCUGAAGAAAAGAGAGAGGAAAAAGAAAAGCCAAAGAAAGAGGUUUCUAAGAAAGAGGAGAAAACACCUACCAAGAAAGAGGAAAAACCUAAAAAGGAAGAAAUCAAGAAAGAAACAAAAAAGGAAGUGAAAAAGGAAGAGAGAAAAGAGUCUAAAAAAGAAUUAAAAAAAGAAACUCCCCAAAAGGAAGCAAAAAAAGAAGAGAAAAAGGAAAUUAAAAAGGAAGAAAAAGAAUCCAAAAAAGACACCAAAAAGCUUCCAAAAGAAACAAAGAAAACACUUGCUCCUUCAACUGAAGCCCGAAAGCCUGUGACAAAACCUAAAGCACAGAAGAAAGAGGAAUCUGUUAAAAAGGAAGCUGGGCCUGCUGAAAAACCAAAGGAAAAAGGCAAAAUUAAGACAGUAAAGAAAGAGAGCAAGGUCAGUGAAACACAAGCUGCUGUAGCUGCAGUGGGAGCGGUUGCGGCAGCAGCAGUAGCUGCUGGAGUAGUAGCUAAUGGAAAAGAACUUGAAGCUGAGAGAUCCCUUAUGUCUUCACCAGAGGAUUUAACAAAAGACUUUGAAGAAUUAAAGGCUGAAGAAGUAGAAAUAGUGAAGGAAACAAAGCCUCGGGUAGGGUUAAUAGAAGGUGAAGGAAAACUAGCUGACUCAGAACAAAAGGAAGCACAUGAAAUCCAGAGAGAAAAAGUAGAUACUGAAGGACCUGCUGACUCUCCUGAUGAAGGCAUAACGACCACUGAAGCUGAGGGUGAAUGUGAACAGACACCUGAAGAGCUGGAGCCUGUAGAAAAGCACAGGGUUGAUGACAAUGAAAAAUUUGAAGAUGAAGGAACUGGUUUUGAGGAAUCAUCUGAAGCAGGUGAUUAUGAAGAAAAGGCAGAGACUGAGGAGGCUGAGGAACAAGAUGAAGAUGAGGAAGAAAAAGCAACACUGGGCAUCACAAAACAGGAUAUUGGCGUGGCAAGAGAAAUGGGAGAGACUGAAGCUGAUAAACAUGCUAAAACUAAAGAUAAAUAUGUUGAAAAGGCAGAAUCUGAGGCAGGGGAUGAGCGAGCUGAAGAAGAUAUGGAAGAGACAGUUGAAAAGGCAGAAACUGAAGAGACUGAAGAAGAAGCUGAGGAGGAAGACAAAAUGGAGGAUGUCAGAGAUGAAGAAGAGGAAACUGAAAAGGUUGAAGCUGAAGAAGAUUAUGUUAUGGCUGUCGUAGACAAAGCUGCAGAGGCUGGUGAAGUUGAAGAUAAAUAUGGCUUACUCAUAAUUACACCAGCUAAACACUCUGAACCUCAGUCCCCAGCUGUUGAACCAGCAUCUUCUAUUCAUGAUGAGACUUUACCUGGGAGUUCAGAAAGUGAAGCAACUGUUUCUGAUGAAGAAAAUAGAGAAGACCAACAUGAGGAAUUCACUGCUACUUCAGGUUAUACUCAGUCUACCAUUGAAAUUUCUAGUGAGCCAACACCAAUGGAUGAAAUGUCAACUCCUCGGGAUAUAAUGAGUGAUGAAACAAACAACGAAGAAAGUGAAUCACCUUCUCAAGAAUUUGUAAACAUUACUAAGUAUGAGACAUCGCUGUAUUCUCAAGAAUUUACUAGACCUAAACUCUCUCCACUUCAGGAUGCUUUCAAUGGUUUAUCUGAAGGAUCAAAAACAGAUGCCACAGAAGGUAAAGAUUAUAAUGCUUCAGCUUCUACUCUCUCACCCCCUUCUUCAUUAGAAGAAGACAGAUUCUGCAAAUCUUCCUUUCAAGAAAUGUACCAUCAAAGGGAAAAUGAAAUCAAAAGUACUGCUAAAUUACAAAUCAAAGAUACCUUUUCACAGGCAUUUGAUGAAAAGCAUAGCCCAGCUAAGAGUCCAGUUCAGAGUCCAUCACCUCCAUCACCAGUUGCUAAAACACCACUAAGUGAACGUAGUGUGAACUUUUCCCUGACUCCCAAUGAGAUUAAGGCAUCAGUUGAACCUGUAGUGCUCACUGCAUUGCCUGCCCAACAUCCAGAAGUUAUUGAAGAGCACAGUGUCAGCCCUGAUGAUAAAACAUUAGAAGUGGUGUCUCCUGCACAAUCUGUUGCUGGUAGUGCAGGCCACACACCUUAUUAUCAGUCUCCCACUGAUGAAAAGUCCAGCCAGCUUCCUUCUGAACUCAUUGAAAAGGCAGCAGAGGCUCCGGUUAGUUUUGAAUUUAGUGAUGCCAAAGAUGAGACUGCAAAACCCAGAAUAAGUCCUAUGGAUGAGCCUGUGCCAGACUCAGAAUCGCCUAUUGAAAAAGUUCUCUCUCCUUUACGAAGUCCACCUUUGAUAGGUUCAGAGUCUUCAUAUGAUACAUUUUUGACUGCCGAUAUAAAGUCAACUGCCAGACUGACUGAGAGUCAUUUUGAGGAGAAAAGUGAAAAAGAAGAGUCCCCUGUUCAGAUAAGCCCAGUUUCUGAAGUCACCUCUGUGGAUCUUUUCCAAGGACAGCAAGAUGAAAAAAGUAUGACAUUUAUGCCAGCUAAAGGUUUCGGUCUAGAAAAGAAUAUGGGGGAUAUUGAAGCUACCAGUUCUCAGUCUCCACUGGUUUUGGAUGAAGGGAAGCUAGCAGGAGAUGUCUCUCCUACACAAAUAGAUGUUAGCCAGUUUGGAUCCUUUAAAGAUGACACCAAAAUGUCAAUAUCUGAAGGUACAGUCUCUGACAAAUCUGCAACGCCUGUUGAUGACGUUGUAGCAGAAGACACAUAUUCACAUAUAGAAGGAGUUGCUUCUGUCUCCACAGCCUCUGUUGCUACUAGUUCAUUUCCAGAGCCAACUACAGAUGAUGUUUCUCCUUCUUUACAUGCUGAGGUUGGAUCACCACAUUCUACAGAAGUUGAUGAUUCUCUUUCUGUAUCUGUUGUACAAACACCAACAAUUUUUCAGGAAACAGAAAUGUCUCCAUCUAAAGAAGAAUGUCCGAGACCCAUGUCAAUUUCUCCACCAGAUUUUUCACCUAAAACUGCACAAUCAAGAACACCAGUGCAAGAGCACAGAUCUCCUGAGCAGUCAACUAUGUCAGUAGAAUUCAGUCAGGAGUCCCCUGAGCAGUCUUUGGCAAUGGACUUUAGUAGACAAUCUCCAGAACAUCCCACAGUAGGCACUAGCGUACACCAUAUAUCUGAAAAUGGACCAACUGAAGUAGAUUAUAGCCCUUCAGAGAUACAGGAACCUACUUUUUCACAUAAGAUAUCCCCUGUGGAGCAGACAUGUUAUACUCAAGAAAAGGAUCUUUCAGAGAUUAUUUCAGUAUCUCAGAUUGAAGCUUCACCCUCAACUUCAUCAGAACAUACACCUUCACAGAUAGCUUCUCCACUGCAAGAGGAAACUCUCCCAGGUGUCAUGCCACCCAGAGAUAUGCCACUGCAUUCUUCAUUUACUUCAGAAAAGAUGCAGAGCCUAGGAGAAAAGCUUUCACCAAAGUCUGAUUUAUCUCCUUUAACUACAAGAGAAUCCUCUCCUUUAUACUCUCCUAGUUUUUCAGAUUCACCUCCUGCGGUCAAAGAAACAACUGCGGCUUGUCACUCACCAUCACUAUCACUUCAUGUGUCCUCAGAUAAAAUAUUUGGUUACCAUACCUCAGUAACACAUGACACAAUACAAGACUCUCUAACAAAACAUAGUCCAGAGCUUUUAGCCUCCACAGAAAAAGAUGAAGCUGAAAAAAUCACCUCGUCAGCUGAGGCCAUUAGUUAUUCCUCUGAGACAACUGAGAAAACCACUAGAUCACCAGAGGCCAUUAGUUAUUCCUAUGAGACAACUGGGAGAACCACCAAGUCACCUGAAGCUCCUAGUUAUUCCUAUGAGGCAGCAGAGAAAACCACUAGAUCACCAGAGACCAUUAGUUACUCUUAUGAGACAACAGAAAAAACCAUCAUGUCACCUGAAGCCAUGGAUUAUUUUUAUGAGAGAACUGGAAAAACCACCAGGUCACCUGAGGCUAUUAGUUACUCCUACGAGCCAACAGAGAAAACCACCAGGCCACCUGAAGCCAUGGAUUAUUCCUGUGAGAGAACUGGGAAAACCACCAGGUCACCUGAAGCCAUAGAACACUCCUAUGAACCAACAGAGAAAACCACCAGGUCACCUGAAGCUGUGGAAUACUCCUAUGAACCAACAGAGAAAACCACCAGGUCACCUGAAGCUGUGGAAUACUCCUAUGAACCAACUGGGAAAACCACCCGGUCACCUGAAGCUGUGGAAUACUCCUAUGAGAGAACUGGGAAAACCACCCGGUCACCUGAAGCUGUGGAAUACUCCUAUGAGAGAACUGGGAAAACCACCCGGUCACCUGAAGCUGUGGAAUACUCCUAUGAGAGAACUGGGAAAACCACCCGGUCACCUGAAGCUGUGGAAUACUCCUAUGAGAGAACUGGGAAAACCACCCGGUCACCUGAAGCUGUGGAAUACUCCUAUGAGAGAAUUGGGAAAACCACCCGGUCACCUGAAGCUGUGGAAUACUCCUAUGAGAGAACUGGGAAAACCGCGCAGUCACCUGAAGCCGUGGAUUACUCCUUUGAAACAACUGGGAAAUCAGUGAGAUCACCUGAGGCUGUUGGUUUUGCCUAUGAGACACCUGGGAAAACCACAAGGUCACCUGAGGCUGUUAGUUACUCCUAUAAGACAGAUGUACAUUUUACUGCAGAAAAAUCAUCUCUAGCAGAAACCCGUCAAGAUGUUGAUUUAUGCCUUGUGUCUUCCUGUGAAUACAAGCAUCCCAAAACUGAACUUUCACCCUCAUUUAUCAACCCGAAUCCCCUGGAGUGGUUUGCAAGUGAAGAACAGUCUCAAGAACAAGAAAAGCCAUUAACCCAGUCUGGAGGAGCCCAGCCACCUUCAGGAGGAAAACAGCAAGCACGCCAGUGUGACGAAACUCCUCCCACCUCAGUAAGCGAGUCUGCUCAAUCUCAAACCGAUUCAGAUGUUCCCCCAGAGACUGAAGAAUGCCCUUCUAUUACUGCAGACGCUAACAUUGACUCAGAAGAUGAAUCCGAAACCAUUCCAACUGAUAAAACAAUUACAUACAAACAUAUUGACCCUCCACCAGUCCCAAUGCAAGACCGCAGUCCUUCACCCCGGCACCCAGAUGUCUCAAUGGUAGACCCAGAAGCUUUGCCUGUUGAUCAGAACUUAGGCAAACCUUUGAAAAAGGAUCUGAAGGAAAAGACAAAAACUAAAAAGCAGGGUACUAAGACCAAGUCUUCCUCACCAGCCAAAAAAAGUGAUGGUAAAUCAAAGCAGGUGGCUUCACCAAAGCCAGGUGGCUUAAAGGAAUCUUUAGACAAAGUUUCCAGAACAGCUUCUCCAAAGAAGAAAGAGUCUGUGGAGAAAGCAGCAAAAAAUAUCUCUAUUCCAGAAGUAAAAUCUUCCCGUGUUGAGGAAAAAGAUAAGGAGGCCAAGAAUGCAACAAAUUCCACAACAUCGAAGUCUGCAAAGACUGCAACUUCAGGAUCUGGAAAUAGCAAACCAGCAAAAUCCACGUCUGUGCCUCCAGGACCUCCAGUGUAUUUGGACCUGGUAUAUAUCCCCAACCACAGUAAUAGCAAGAAUGUCGAUGUAGAGUUUUUCAAGAGGGUGAGAUCAUCCUACUACGUGGUGAGUGGGAAUGAUCCUGCAGCUGAAGAACCAAGCAGGGCUGUUCUGGACUCCCUGCUGGAGGGCAAGGCUCAGUGGGGAAGUAACAUGCAGGUGACCUUAAUCCCAACCCAUGAUUCAGAAGUAAUGAGGGAAUGGUACCAAGAGACCCAUGAGAAACAACAGGACCUCAACAUCAUGGUUUUGGCAAGCAGCAGCACUGUUGUUAUGCAAGAUGAAUCUUUCCCUGCAUGCAAGAUUGAACUGUAGAAACGAGGCCAUACACCACAACAUUAAACUUUAUUUCCAGAAAUUCUUCAGUUUGAAAAUACCUUUUCUAAAAAUUCAACCCAUCUAAUUCAACUGCUGAACUAUAUACCUGCCAAAUGCUAUACUGUCUCACGGUGAUGCAAGUCACUAAUAUUUUUCAGUCUUUGCUGAUUGCUAAGGGAAAUAACAGUAUUCCCAAAGUAGGGUUCAGAUUACUGCAAAAUUACAGAUCCUGGUUCAUCUCCGCUGAACAUUUGGAAACCAUGCACUGGCAAACCCAGCUGACUUCUGCCAGGUAGAGGCAUUUGCCCUCGAAAGAAACACAAAGAGAGAGAGAGAGAAAUAGAGAGAGGGGUAGGAGGAGAAAGUAUAAAUAAUUGGGCCUGCAUUAGUCUCACGGCAAUAGAUGUAUUGCUUAGUGCAGUCUGCUUAUGCUCUCACAUGAAAAGAAAGUUUUAAAUUUGUAUCAGUCUGAGUUAUAGGAUAGGGGGCCUUAGUUUACAAAAUGAUGUGAGCUAAUAAUAAAAGGAAACUGAAUGGCUUUGAAGGGACAUAAGAUCUAAACACUCAUUAGCCAUUAACUAAUUUGAACUCUGCAUACUGACGUAACAAUUAUCAUAGACUAAUAUGCAAGUAGUUUGAACCCCAUUCAGAACUCUAAAACUUUUCUUUUAACAUGGAAAUAUGUUGGUCUAAGGCAUGCUCCCAGUGAAUAUCUAUUUAGUCCACUCAGAAUCAACAAACCUGCAUGCUUAAACACCUAAGUCAACAGCCAAUUUACUGAAGCAAAAUACCAAAGCAGUUGGGGAGUACAUACAGUAGACAAAUUGCCUUAGAAAGUGACUUGAAUGUACAAAGAUACUUAAUGCACUUAUUUUUUAAUGUGAGACAGCAAGUUUAUAAAACAUCUGUUUAGGAUUAUAGUUACACCAGUAAAGAAGUGUGAGUGUGCAUGUGUGGUACUAGAAGCCUAUCUGAUUGGUCAAACAGCUUGGUACUAUGAAUUAUGUAUGUUGGCUGAACACUUCAUUGGUACACCUGGACAGCUCAACAAAGCAAGACAAGCAUUUUUGAAAGCUGCUUUUGUACUGUAGAAGCAAGAUUGAAGUGGUGUCCAGUAUCAGAAAUGCAAAACUUAGUGAAACACAGUAUAUUGAAAAAAGUUCUCAGCAAGUCUGUACAGUAUUUUACCUUCCUUUGUCUUAUGUUAUUUUAUUUGUUAAUUUAAGAGUGAAUAUGGGAACAAAUGUAUAGAAGAAUUUUUUUUAGCUCUGUUUGAACUUUUAAUAGAUGACUUUUUAACAAAAGGUUUUGUUUACAGGAAAAUGCAAAGAAAAAAAUUUCAGGUGAAGGCAAUUUUUUUUAGUAGUUUUGUAAGAAAUACAUUAUGUUGUUUGAGGUUCUGGUGAGAAUGAAGUAUGAUAUUGCAGUAACAUAUUUAUUGAAAACAUUUAACUGCCAAGAAUUUUGGGGGAAAAUACCUAAUGAUUAAAUUAAUCUAUUAGUGCUCACAAAAAAUAGGAGUUGAAAUGCCAGUUGACUGCUCUUUACAAAGUGGUAAUUAGACUCACAGUUCUCCCAAGAUCUUUAAAAAGAUUGAAAAAGCAAUGAUACCUUAAAUAAGCCAAGCAUGUUGGGGGGGUGGGGGGGUUGGUUUUCUUUGUGUGUGUGUGUGUGUGUUUUUGUUUUCUCUGUAAAGCGUUCCCAGUGUCUACAGAUCAUUUCCAAAAGUACAGCAUUCAGAUCAGUUCCACUAUUAAAGAGAGUUUGGACGCUUAGGUCUUGGAAGCUUUACCACUGUAGAAAAUAUUGUUACAUUUCAGUUUGCAGACUUGUGCAUCAGAAUUUAAAUAAAGUAAAGGCCUCCUAAACGGAGAUUUGUUCUGGUCUGUACAAUUCACCUUUAUGGUAGACUUUGAGUUCCUCUAGGUAGUGAACAAUGACCUCAUUUUAUUUUCUUUACGUAUUGUGUAUUUUAAAUGUUAACAUUGUUAGUUUAUUUUUGUUUGAUAGGUGUAUGUUCGCACUGCUAAUUUUUAUGUGUUUUUUUUAAUUCUACUUCGGAGCCGUUUAAAUCUGGGCCCUUGUAGCCCAUUUAAUGCUGUGAAUUACUGUUUGUCAUAUGUGGGUGGAGGUUGUUUUAAUAUUUUUGUUAGAUAUCAUUAGCAAUGCUAUUUUAUUUAUUGGUCUACCUUUUAGAUCCUUGAAAAUAACUCAGAGUGAUUUUUAUACAAAAGACAAAGGGAAAUGCAUUGUGAAAACAAGCGAAAUUUGCUGAGCUCAUAAUCAUUUACUUAACAUUUAUUUUGUCUAUGAAGUGAAAGGCAAAAUAUUUUAUUAGUUAGCUGAUUUGGCAGAAUGUUGUAUUAUUUCUACCACAAUUCUUUCUGAUUUGUCUACUCUCUCAUGUAGGUAAGAUUUCAGACUUUUUGGGUUCGAGGAGCAAAUUCCAGACUCUCCCAAAACUGGAAGUAGUUUGUUUCUCCACUUUGAUAGAAACACUAAUGAGCAAUGAUCUCGAGACUGAUCUUAUACCAGUGUAAAUCAGGCAUAGCUUCAUUGACAUUGAGGGUAAAUUAGUAUAAAUUAAAUCAGAAACAAGCUUUAAAUUUUGAACACCCCAAGUAAAUUCGUAACAGCUCAAAUAAUUGUUUUACUUAAAAGAAAAAAAAGCCAGUUUCAGCCAAUCUUAAAUUGUACUUUGAUUUUUUGCUGCUACAGAAUUUUUUUUAAAAAGUUGGUUUUUUUUGAAUCAGCUGACAUUGUUCCUAUGAGAUAUUGUAAUACUUGUUCCAUCCACUCUUCUAAAUGACAACCAAGGCUGAGAGUUAUUAACUUCCCAAUUAGCUCCUCUUGCCCUUAAUGCCUUUCCUGCCUGUGUAACUAAUCUAAUUGUGCUAGUCAUAGUCAUACACAAUUAGUUUAGUAACAGCCAUCAAAAUGUACCAUGUACAUUAAUGGUGAGCGCUGUUGAUCAGCACAGAUUUCUAGGAGCAUGGUUUGAUAUUGAUUACUCUAAUUAUAAAGGUUCAAUAUUUGAGUGUAAAGAACACUCUACUGAAAUGAUGUUGUUACCCAUGACAACAUUCCCAAUCAUGACCUUUAUGGUAGUACUGCACUGCUGAAUAAAAUUCAAUGAAGAAUUAACAUUGGAGAGCUCAUCCAUUUCGAAACCUAAAGAGAUCCCCUUGCAUGCCUUCUCAAAGUCUUGUGCUGGGGCUGACUACAUUGUCUCUUUCCUUUAAUUCCAUCUCCCAUAGAGGUCACUCUGGUGAAUGAAUCCAAUCGUGCAUGGGGGUUUUUUAAAUUGUCUCCAAUAGCUUAUAUGGUUUAGGAGCCUUCCAGUACUCAGUUGCUAAGAUCUAAUAGUUUUGUUAAUGGAAUUUUCCACCCUUCCCACUGCAAGAAAUUCAGCUGCAAGGAACAAUUACUCUGCAUUUUUGAAAUUUCUGUCAUAUGCCUCUUUUAUUCAUCUGUCACAGGAGGUACUUGCUCAGUGAUGACAUUUUGAAAGAAAUGGUAAUUUUUUUGGUCUGAAUUUAUUAGAAAAGGAAAAACUAUAAUGUUUACACUUGAAAGAAACUGUAAGCUUUCAUCUUUUCACUUAAUAAUUGAACAAAAACACAAAGCAACCUAGUGACAAGCAUUUCUUUGAAUGCAAUUAUGUUAUUCACCUGAUUAAAAAUGUUUGCUAUUUAAAAAAAAAUCUUUUUUGUGACUUUACAAAAAAAA